CCUCCAUUUCCUGGAUCAUUUCCACAUUCUGGGUGACACAAUGGCGUCGGACGCGGGGAAAUCCCGCCGUGCAGCGCGCCUACUUAAGGACGCGGGCCAGCGGUGCCGAUCACACUGAGCACCGUCAACGCGACACGCAGAAACCGGUGCAGCCAGAACUCCGAGCGCGACAAACCAUGGCGAGCAGCAGAGUCCGCGUCCUCGCGCCCCUGUGCGCCCUCGUGCUCCUCGGCACCUUCAUCGGCAGCACGCGUUCAGCCAGCUGCUGCAUGAUGUACUCGUCACGCCGGUGGAACUGCCAGCGCAUGAUGGGCUACUCCAUCCAGACCAUCGUCAGCUCCUGCGACAUCAACGCCGUGAUAUUCCACUUUCCGGGGAGGUUCGUGUGCGCGAAUCCUGCGUCCAAGUGGACCAAGAGAGCCAUGCAAUGCCUCAAUGAGAGGAAGAGGAAGAGGAGUCAGAUCACUUCAACGUCAGCAUCUGCCUCACAGAGCAGAUGAUACCAGCACAUCAAUCCACUCAUGCACCGGAAGAUGCUUUAAAAUGAUGAUCUAACUCAUUAUAAUUGUUCUGUUUUAUAAACGGGAUUAUGGAAUCUACUAAAUGUUGAUUUUUUUGUUGUUGAGAAAAUCGAUUUGUUUAAUAUUUAUUGGUUAUUGAUGUUUGUUGGUGAACUUUGAUAUUUGUGAUCAGAGAAAUGAAGCACAUGGGAAGUUGUUACUGUAAUAUACAAAACUGUAUUAAAAUAUAUGUUAUAACACA